UUUCAUCCAAACUUCCAAUUCUAAAUUCCAGAGGCUCGAAUAUCACUCAGAACAGAAGACAGAGUUAAUGACUGACUGGCUGCACCGUUAUAAAAUGGGACCGAGUUGAACGGAGAUUUUCUGUUUGAAAUCCGCAAAAGACAUUAGGACGGGGCUUCUUGACUUUCUUAGAGGGAAGAUAAUAGAGGCACCCCCCUGCGGUCCAAACGGUGAAGAGUUAUUUUAGGAGUUCUAUAUGGGUGGAUUGUGAACGGACUCCUUGGUAGCCUGAUGCAGUGAAACAUGUAGUUUAUCAACUCUGUGUCAACUUCCAUCGGUGUUUUAAUGAUGAUUGCGGCUUUCAUUCCGGAAUCUGUUCGUUAUUUCAAUGCACCACAAACUCUCACCAGAGUUUCCUGCUCUUGGUUCCGUGGUGGUUUUAUCAGCAGAAAGCCACAGAGAGCCGAGCAGGGAGGUUGUCCUGCCUACAGCCUGCCGGUGUGAAGAGUAGCUGUCUGGGAUUGUUAGUUCAGAAGACUAGUGAUCCUACAGCGGCAUAGGGUUAGGGUUAGGGUGGCAGGACGAGACGGUGGAAGAGCGACACUAAACAAAGACUGGAUGACGCAUUACAUCGGGUAGCAUACCUGCGCAUGGGAUUUGACUUUGUAUGUUGCUUCCUUGAUUCAACUGAUAUUUUAAUUGCAUUAUCAGAUCCCGUCAGUUGUGCGCCAUGUCGGAGGUUGGGGGCUUUCUAGGGACACUCGAUUUGGAUUUACAGAGUUUCCCCGCACUAGGAAGUAUGCCCUUGGCAGAGGCGCCAGCGGGGUUACUGGAUGAGAGGCUGGGACAGAUCGAGGGCAGGUUACAGCGAGGCUCGCUGACAGAUUUCGAGCACCUUAAAGGGAUUCUGCGGCGGAGGCAGCUGUACUGUCGAACCGGAUUCCAGCUGGAGAUAUUCCCCAACGGGACCGUGUACGGGACAAGACAGGACCACAGCAGAUUCGGUAUCCUAGAGUUCAUCAGUCUGGCUGUAGGGCUGGUCAGUAUUAGAGGAGUGGACGCAGGACUCUACCUGGGCAUGAACGAGAGAGGAGAGCUCUAUGGGUCGAAGAAAUUAACAGCGGAGUGUGUGUUCAGAGAGCAGUUUGAGGAGAAUUGGUACAACACAUACGCCUCUACGCUCUACAAACACACCGACACCGGACGCUUCUACUACGUAGCGCUCAACAAGGACGGCUCGCCACGGGAGGGGGGGAGGACGAAGAAACACCAGAAACUAACGCACUUUCUGCCUCGGCCUGUGGAGAUAGAGAAGAUCCCCCAGGCUUACAGAGAUCUGUUCCAAUACAGGUGACCAGGGCUGAGCCUGGGAGAGAGGGAUGAGGAGGAGGAAAGGGAGGAGAGAGGUGGAUGUUUGGCACUAAAGGACAGGACUCAGUACUCCCACUGACCUCGCUCCCCUGUCUCCAGCCCCGACCCCCAACAAAGGUGUUUAUGUAUUCUCCUUCUACAGGGAGGUGUCAUUAGGCCCAUAAGACCUCACUCUGGAGGAGAGUACAGAGUCGAGCGGAGGAGAUAAUCUCUUCACUAAACGGAUAGGAGAGAUGGAGAGAGACUGGACUGCCGUCAGGCCUGUAUGACUGCCUAACCCACCCUGGGUUAACCGCAGGUUAAAACCACCUGAACCACUAACCACCUGAAGAAGACAAAGACUUUUCCUGAUGAGAACCACUUUUAUACAUAAGAUACUUAACCAGCAUUCACUGCAAAUAUAAAAAGGGUUUGGGGUUAGUCCUCAUCAGUUCGAGUAGGGGGUCUGAGGACUAGUAAUGAACAAGUAAUGGAAAGUUGAUCAGACUAACUGAGAUGACCAGUGGACACUACCCUAGCCAAGCCAUUCACCACAGCAACCAGAGAACUCCAGGGAGCGAGGGAGGGAUUGACCAAUGGAAGUUGAGAGAAUGUCAGAAUGUUCUAAAGCAACGUGUAGAGAGAACUCAUCUUCUGACUGACUAGUCAUUGUAAUGUCAGUGUUCUAAAUCAAGGUAGCGAGAACUCAUCUUCUGACUAGUCAUUGUGAUGUCAGUGUUCUAAAUCAACGUGUAGAGAACUCAUCUUCUGACUAGUCAUUGUGAUGUCAGAGUGUUCUAAAUCAACGUGUAGAGAACUCAUCUUCUGACUAGUCAUUGUGAUGUCAGAGUGUUCUAAAUCAACGUGUAGAGAACUCAUCUUCUGACUGGUCAUUGUGAUGUCAGAGUGUUCUAAAUCAAUGUGUAGAGAACUCAUCUUCUGACUAGUCAUUGUGAUGUCAGUGUUCUAAAUCAAGGUGGAGAGAACUCAUCUUCUGACUAGAGAGUACACUACUACCUAGUAUGUAUAUGUGAUGGAGACAGAUUGGCCAUGAGGGAGUAUCCAGGUGAAACAGGGUUGGCAGAACUUGGCACAUAAGUGAUAUGAUCAAUGUAAAGAGAUGUGAUAAGCUGAGAUACAUGUAAAACUUAUUGACUAUGUGAUAAAUGUAAAACAUUAAUACAGUAGGACAGUCAAGGACAUGGAUGGUGCAGCUAAAUUGCAGUUCAAUGAAAUACCUAUGACAAUGAAUGAGAAAUCAUGAAAAUAAUAGGCUUGUAUUGAGACAAACUAAAGAUAGUUCCUAACUUUAAGGAACAGACAAAGAGAACAAAUCUGACAAUGUAAGACAUAGGAAUAUGAAAGAGCACUUACUAUUUGCCUCUCUACAUGGUCAAAUUGACUGCCCCCCUAGCAGGCCAACCAAACAACCUUCUCCUCCCUGAUACAGACUAUCCUCACACUCAUAAUAGUAGCAGAUGUUGUGGCAUCGAGAAAGACUACAAUAUGCUGUAUGUAGACCACAGUGAGGUUACACUACCAGACUACAGUGAGGUUACACUACCAGACUACAGGGAGGUUACACCACCAGACUACAGGGAGGUUACACUACAGUGAGGUUACACUACCAGACGACAGUGAGGUUACACUACCAGACUACAGUGAGGUUACACUACCAGACUACAGUGAGGUUACACUACUAGACUACAGUGAGGUUACACUACUA